AUGGACAAGCUGGUGCAGUUCGGGAAGAAGGCGUGGUUCGUGGUGCGGGUCAUGUCCGGCUACGAGGAGAGGAGGAUCCGGUCCUACAGGCUGCAGCUGCAGCAGCGCCUCCAGCAGGCUCAGGCUAAGAAGAAGGAGAUUGAGAAACAACCAGAGCAAGUUAUUCUGUCAGAGGUUCGUCAAGUGGUUCAGCAGAUGCAAGCUCUCAAUCAGCACCUCGAAGAAGCUGAAACUGCCAUAGAUGAGUAUUUCAAACCGAUCGACAAGAAUGCUCAGAUCUUAACAGACAUGCAAUUGGAGAAAGAAGAGAAGCAAAUGAAGGAGAUGCUCCAAGUAAUGCGAGGACAAAUACAAAUGCAAAGAGAAAUCGAGACGAGGAAAGCCGAGGCCAGUGCCGUGGAGCCUGUCGACACCCAAGCGAGUGCAACAACAGCUGAGGUUCCUCCAAAGCAAGAAAACGCUAAAUAG